AUGGUGGUCAUUGAAAAUGGUGAGGUGUAUGGUUUUGGCAAUAACGGCGUCGGCCAGUUGGGAAUAGGUAACUACGCGAAUCAGACGUCACCAUGGCAAGUCGGUUCAUUGAGAGGCAUUGUGAUAGUCAAAGUGGUUUGUGGAUACGCUCAUACGCUAGCGCUCACAGACGAAGGGAAGCUUUAUGUCUGGGGUGGAAACAGUUAUGGCCAGUUGGGAAUUGGCAACAAGACAAAUUCCUGCAAGCCAGUCAUGGUCGAGCACGAAAUGGGAAGGGUAUCCGACAUCGCCGCUAUGCACUACAAUCACAUAAGCGUCGCUGUCGGCGAGGGAGGACGUGUCUACAUGUGGGGUCACUGUCGUGGUCAGAGCAUCACUAUCCCAACCUCCACUCCGUUCUCCAACGUACACGACGCGCUUGCGUGUUACGGAUCACCGAGCGUUAUGCAUAAACCACUGAUCCUGUACGCGAACGAAGAGCCGAAUAUAUUGCAAUGUCUAGGAUCUGCAUUUGAUGAUCCUUCUACAAGCGAUCUCAAGAUACAAGUGGAGGGACAAUGUAUCCACGUACACAAGGCUAUCCUGAAAAUUCGCUCUUCAUACUUUAGAACCAUGUUUCAACACGAUUGGGCAGAAAACAACCAAAGUGUCAUCGAGCAUGAUCAGUUUUCCUAUAUUGUCUAUAAAGCUUUCCUGAAAUACUUGUACACCGACGUGAUCGAUUUACCCAUGGAGAAGGCGUUAGAACUUUUGGAUCUGGCCAACGCUUACUGCGAGAGCAAUCUCAAGAAGCAUUGCAUUUGGAUGAUAAAGCAAGGAAUUACUGUAUCGAAUGUUGCCUACUUGUAUAGUAUCGCAAUCGAGUACAACGAAGAGGAACUAGAAGAAGUCUGCUUCAAGUUUGCCUUGAAUCACAUGACGGCUGUGACAAAGACGGAAAAUUUCGCCAAGCUGGAUGAGAAUACACUGAAAACCUUUAUAAUUAAGGCGGGUGAGGCUGGUGUUUUUAGAACAUAAUUCAUCUAUUUGCAUCAAGAAUAGUGUGACAUGAAAAUGCACGAAUCUGUCUGUUGCUGAAUAUUUGUUAG